CACAUGUGGUAUUUUAGUGAGGAGCAAAUAGCAAUAGCUUCCCACUGAUAGAGAGCGACGGAGAGGAAAAAGAGAUUCCAUGGCGACUUCCAAGGUUAAAGCUUUCUGGAAUCACCCGGCUGGCCCUAAAACAAUUCAUUUCUGGGCUCCAACGUUUAAGUGGGGCAUCAGCAUUGCUAAUAUUGCUGAUUUCAACAAAGCACCAGAGAAAGUUUCUUAUCCUCAGCAAUUGGCUGUAACUGCUACCGGGCUGGUCUUCUCGCGAUACAGUACUGUAAUCACUCCGAAAAACUGGAACCUUUUUAGUGUCAACAUAGCCAUGGCUACAACAGGCAUAUGUCAGCUUACUCGAAAAAUCCAUCACGACUAUUUUUCGAAGGAGGAAAAAACUGAUGUUGCCCAAGAAUGAUGACGAUAAAAUUGAUCGCUAUAAUGUAACUGCGAUGGAUGCACACAUUUUUAGAUACUUUCCAAUAAUUUUGCGAUUUAUGUUUGUUUCAGAUUUUUGUAUUUUCCAAACCUAAAUUUAAUUGAUGCACCAAAUGUCAGAUGCUACAAUUAUUUCAAUUGUCUUCCUGUUAUAAAUCGCAUUUUUCUU